GGCAUAUAGAUUGGGGAUAUAUAAAAGAGGUAGCCCAUAAGAUACUUGAAUUAAUAUACUACCACCAAUUGAAAGUCUUUACAACAAGGGAUGGAGUGGGCAUUGUGGGUGUUGAUGGUUUUGGUUGUUGGGUUGGAUGAUGGGAUACUGGGGUGCUUAGAGGAGGAAAGAAAUGGCCUUUUAGAAUUCAAGGCUCAUGUCCAACCUUACUUGAAUGAUCCAACUCAUCUCCAAUCUUGGGUUGAUGAUGAUGAUGAUAAAGGCCGGAACUCAUCUGACUGUUGUGCCUGGGAGCGAGUUGUGUGUAAUUCCACCACCAACCGAAUCAUUCAAACUCUUCCUCUACAAUAUCAUCCAUCAUCAAGUUUCAAUUAGUUUAAAUGCGAGCUUGUUUCUUCAUUUUGAUGAGCUUCAACAUCUCGACCUAUCACACAACCAUUUUAAGGGCUUUGUGGAGGAUCAAGGCUUGGAAGCGUUGGGUAGAUUGAAGAAGCUGGAGGUCCUGGAUUUAAGUUCGAAUGAAUUCGACAACAGCAUCAUGCGGUCUUUGGGUGCCCUCAAAUCCCUCAAGAAUCUGUCUCUUGGUUGGAAUGAUUUCACAAACCCCUUUCCCUAUCAAGAAUUAGCGGGUCUGGAAAAUUUGCAAAUGCUGGAUUUGAGUGGCAAUACUAUAUUCUACGGCACUCUUCAAGACUUAGAACCGUUGAAUAGAUUGAAGAAGCUGGAGGUCCUGGAUUUAAGUUAUAAUGGCUUCGACAACAGCAUCCUGCCGUCUUUGGGUGCCCUCAAAUCCCUCAAGAAUCUGUCUCUUUCUAGGAAUGAUUUCACAAACCCUUUUCCUUUUGAAGAAUUAGCGGGUCUAGAGAACUUGCGAAUGUUGGAUUUGAGUGGGAAUGGAUUAAAGGGCACUCUAGGACUCCAAGGCCUUAAGCAUUUAUUUGAUAGAUUGAAAAACCUGGAGGUCCUGGACUUGAGCUACAAUUCCUUCGAUACAAGCAUUUUUACGUACUUGGAAGCCCUCUUAUCCCUCAAGUUUCUAUAUCUCCGUGGGAAUAAUAUGGUCGGGACCUUUCGUUGGGAAGGUGUCAAAAGGUUGAGAAAGCUGGAGGUCCUUGAUAUAUCAGGCAAUAAUUUCAACACAACAAAUCUUCAGAACAUUGGUCUUCUUGCACCCAACAUUAAAACAUUGUAUCUCGGUGGAAAUGAUCUGAGUGGACCAAUUACCGAUCAAGAGUUGGGUACUUUAAGGGAGUUGGAGUUCCUAGACUUGUUUGGUAGUACACUGAGCUAUGAUUUUCUCCAGAAUAUAGGAGAAAUGGUUUCUCUUAAGUUCUUAAGGAUGGCUAAUAUUAAAGGACUCAAUGGCACUCGGCUACCAUGUAAAGGGUUGUGCAAAUUGAACAAACUCCAGGAGUUAGAUCUCAGUCAGCUGGAUGGGAAUUAUGAGAAUAAUUAUGGCUUUGUAGGUGAUCUUGAUUCAUGUUUGGGAAACUUGACGAGCCUUCGGGUGUUGGAUUUGUCUUACAACCAAUUCGAUGGAAACAUUGUCCUAUCUACCAUUCGUGGUCUCUCCUCACUUGAAUACCUUGAUCUUUCAAGCAUUCGCUUCCAAGGUUAUUUUUCCUUUAAUACAUUAGCUAAUUUAUCCAAACUUGAAGUAUUCCGAUUUGAUAACAACCAACUUCUUCAAGUGGAAACUGACUUUCCAUUUCUAGUUCCAAGAUAUCAAUUGAAAUUCUUAUACCUAGCAAGAUUCUCAUUCAACAAACCACCUGGUCUAAUGCCCAAUUUCCUCCACUACCAAUUUGAUUUAAGAGUGGUUAGCCUCUAUUAUAACAAUUUUAACAGUACACAAUUCCCCACUUGGUUGCUUGAGAACAAUGCGGGAUUAGAGGUAUUGCAUUUAAAAAAUAACUCCUUUACAGGCACUCUUGUUCUUCCAUCCCGUUCCUGUAUGAAUUUGUCUAUUCUAAUUGUUUCCGGUAAUCAUCUCCAUGGUCAAAUCCCAGAUAAUAUCGGAGUUAUCUUUCCUAACUUGGUAGCAUUGCAAAUGCCAUCAAAUGCUUUUAUAGGAAAAAUUCCUUCAUCCAUUGGAAGCAUGAGAUGGUUGCAACUUUUGGAUCUUUCUGGCAAUUCUUUAUCAGGACAAAUUCCAAUGCACUUGGUCACCGGAUGCUCCAGGCUAUACUCUCUCAAACUGUCAAAUAACAAUUUGCACGGUCAAAUGCUUCCAAUAGUUUCUAACCUGACUGGUCUGAGGCACUUAUUUCUGGAUGGAAAUAAAUUUACAAGAAACAUUCCACACAGCUUGUCCAGAAACGUUGCCUUGGAAUUAUUGAAUGUAAGAAAUAACAACAUCACUGGUAGGCUUCCUGGGUGGAUUGGGAACUUAUCAUACUUAAAGGUACUUAUCAUGGCUAACAACCAGCUUGAAGGAGCACUACCAGCUAGCUUCUGUGCACUUGGAAAACUUUCAGCUAUAGAUCUUUCCAACAACUAUUUUAGUGGCGCGGUUCCAUCUUGCUUCAGCCCAAGGGGACUGAGAUAUGCACAUUUUGAGAAGAACAAGCUAGAAGGACCAAUGACAGAAGCUUUUUCUAAAAGCACCAGUCUGGUGACAUUGGACAUGAGUGAUAACUUGCUAAAUGGAAGCCUACCAACAUGGAUUGGUAAUCUUUUAUCAUUGGGAGCUCUUCUGUUGAAAAGAAAUCAAUUGGAAGGUAACAUUCCCAUCCAGAUAUGCCAUUUGAAAAGAAUAAAUAUAAUGGAUCUUUCUCACAAUAAUCUUUCUGGUCCUAUACCUUCUUGCUUGAAAAACUUAACAUUUAAAGGGCAAGGAUAUAUACAUGAUGGAAUAGAUGCUAGAUUUGAAAAAGGUUAUGGGAUGGAUGUUACAAAUUUGUUUCAAUUUAUCUAUACAUACAAGAGUAGGCUUGAAGAUCAAUCCAGUCAAUUUUAUAACACUAAUGAAAGGACCGAAGAACAAGUGGAGUUCACCACAAAAAGCAGGUAUGAUGUUUACACGGGCAUUGUUCUCGGACUCAUGUUGGGACUUGAUCUCUCGUGUAACCAAUUAGCGGGAGACAUUCCACCUGAAAUUGGAGAGCUAUAUGAGAUCCGUGCACUGAACUUCUCCCACAACCUCCUAAGUGGACACAUCCCAACAACAAUUUCAAACCUAAAGCAAUUAGAGAGUUUGGAUCUUUCUUACAACAAUUUGGUUGGAAGCAUUCCUCCACAGAUGAUAGAGCUAUACUCUCUGUCCACUUUCAUGGUGGCACACAACAACUUAUCAGGAAAGAUUCCAGAGUGGAAAGGCCAGUUUGCGACAUUUGGGGAAAGCAGUUACGAAGGCAACCCUCUUCUUUGUGGAAAGCCAUUAGAGAAGAAUUGCACUAGUGAGAAUAGGGAACCAUCACCAACGGGUCCAGCUUCUAAUGAUCAAGAUGAAAGCAAUAACUCCAUUGACAUGGAUGCCUUCAUUGUGAGCUUUGUGGCUUCUUACAUUGUAGUGCUCUUGGGUGUGGCUACAGUCUUCUAUAUAAACCCCUAUUGGCGACGCCUGUGGUUUUAUCUCGUUGAUGUUUGUAUCACUUCCUGCUACUACUUUGCCCUGGACAAUCUCCGAUGGCAAUGGAGAUGAAAGCUACUUUGCUACCAACCUCACAAAGGUGCAUCAUUCAAUGGUCAUUUGGGGAAGCUACGUCCCUCUUUCGUGUUCAAAUCCGAUUGCAAGUUGCUGGACUUUUUUAUGCUAGUUUUGAUUAUUGAGCUUUGUAAAAUGGACCUGUUAGUGGGCCAUCUAGAUGUUGUAUUUGGACUUGUUGUUUCUUGUUGGUUUUGGUCAAAUCUGUGGUUUAUUGAUCCAUUUCAUGUAUAGCAGAGCCAUUGCUCAAUGUUAGUA